AUGAACGGCUGCGCCGAAACAGCUGCGCCGAAACAGCUGCGCCGAAACAGCUGCGCCGAAACAGCUGCGCCGAAACAGCUGCGCCGAAACAGCUGCGCCGAAACAGCUGCGCAGAAACAGCUGCGCCGAAACAGCUGCGCAGAAACAGCUGCGCAGAAACAGCUAGGCAGAAACAGCUGCGCCGAAACAGCUGCGCCGAAACAGCUGCGCAGAAGCAGUUGCGCCGAAACAGCUGCGCAGAAACAGCUAGGCAGAAACAGUUGCGCAGAAGCAGCUGCGCAGAAGCAGCUGCGCAGAAGCAGCUGCGCAGACGCAGCUGCGCAGAAACAGCUGCGCAGAAGCAGCUGCGCAGAAACAGCUGCGCAGAAGCAGCUGCGCAGAAGCAGCUGCGCAGAAGCAGCUGCGCAGGAACGGCUGCGCAGGAACGGCUGCGCAGGAACGGCUGCGCAGGAACGGCUGCGCAGGAACGGCUGCGCAGGAACGGCUGCGCAGGAACGGCUGCGCAGAAACGGCUGCGCAGGAACGGCUGCGCAGGAACGGCUGCGCAGGAACGGCUGCGCAGGAACGGCUGCGCAGGAACGGCUGCGCAGGAACGGCUGCGCAGGAACGGCUGCGCAGAAACGGCUGCGCAGUAACGGCUGCGCAGGAACGGCUGCGCAGAAACGGCUGCGCAGGAACGGCUGCGCAGAAACGGCUGCGCAGAAACGGCUGCGCAGAAACGGCUGCGCAGAAACGGCUGCGCAGAAACGGCUGCGCAGAAACGGCUGCGCAGAAACGGCUGCGCAGAAACGGCUGCGCAGAAGCGGCUGCGCAGAAGCGGCUGCGCAGAAACGGCUGCGCAGAAACGGCUGCGCAGAAGCGGCUGCGCAGAAGCGGCUGCGCAGAAGCGGCUGCGCAGAAGCGGCUGCGCAGAAGCGGCUGCGCAGAAGCCGCUGCGCAGAAGCGGCUGCGCAGAAGCGGCUGCGCAGAAGCGGCUGCGCAGAAGCGGCUGCGCAGAAGCGGCUGCGCAGAAGCGGCUGCGCAGAAGCGGCUGCGCUGAAGCGGCUGCGCAGAAGCGGCUGCGCAGAAGCGGCUGCGCAGAAGCGGCUGCGCAGAAGCGGCUGCGCAGAAGCGGCUGCGCAGAAGCGGCUGCGCAGAAGCGGCUGCGCAGAAGCGGCUGCGCAGAAGCGGCUGCGCAGAAGCGGCUGCGCAGAAACGGCUGCGCAGAAACGGCUGCGCAGAAACGGCUGCGCAGAAACGGCUGCGCAGAAACGGCUGCGCCGAAACGGCUGCGCAGAAACGGCUGCGACGAAACGGCUGCGCCGAAACAGCUGCGCCGAAACAGCUGCGCCGAAACAGCUGCGCAGAAACAGCUGCGCCGAAACAGCUGCGCAGGAACAGCUGCGCAGGAACAGCUGCGCAGGAACAGCUGCGCAGGAACAGCUGCGCAGGAACAGCUGCGCAGAAACGGCUGCGCAGGAACGGCUGCGCAGGAACGGCUGCGCAGAAACGGCUGCGCAGGAACGGCUGCGCAGGAACGGCUGCGCAGAAACGGCUGCGCAGAAACGGCUGCGCAGAAACGGCUGCGCCGAAACGGCUGCGCCGAAACGGCUGCGCCGAAACGGCUGCGCCGAAACGGCUGCGCCGAAACAGCUGCGCCGAAACAGCUGCGCCGAAACAGCUGCGCCGAAACAGCUGCGCCGAAACAGCUGCGCCGAAACAGCUGCGCCGAAACAGCUGCGCAGGAACAGCUGCGCAGAAACAGCUGCGCAGGAACAGCUGCGCAGGAACGGCUGCGCAGGAACGGCUGCGCAGGAACGGCUGCACAGGAACGGCUGCGCAGCAACGGCUGCGCAAAACGGCUGCGCAGAAGCGGCUGCGCAGAAGCGGCUGCGCAGAAACGGCUGCGCAGAAGCGGCUGCGCAGAAGCGGCUGCGCAGAAACGGCUGCGCAGAAGCGGCUGCGCAGAAGCGGCUGCGCAGAAGCGGCUGCGCAGAAGCGGCUGCGCAGAAGCGGCUGCGCAGAAGCGGCUGCGCAGAAGCGGCUGCGCAGAAGCGGCUGCGCAGAAGCGGCUGCGCAGAAGCGGCUGCGCAGGAACGGCUGCGCAGGAACGGCUGCGCAGGAACGGCUGCGCAGGAACGGCUGCGCAGGAACGGCUGCGCAGGAACGGCUGCGCAGGAACGGCUGCGCAGGAACGGCUGCGCAGGAACGGCUUCACAGGAACGGCUGCGCAGAAACGGCUGCGCAGGUACGGCUGCGCAGGAACGGCUGCGCAGGAACGGCUGCGCAGGAACGGCUGCGCAGGAACGGCUGCGCAGGAACGGCUGCGCAGAAACGGCUGCGCAGGAACGGCUGCGCAGGAACGGCUGCGCAGAAACGGCUGCGCAGAAACGGCUGCGCAGAAACGGCUGCGCAGAAGCGGCUGCGCAGAAGCGGCUGCGGAGAAACGGCUGCGCAGAAGCGGCUGCGCAGAAGCGGCUGCGCAGAAACGGCUGCGCAGAAGCGGCUGCGCAGAAGCGGCUGCGCAGAAGCGGCUGCGCAGAAGCGGCUGCGCAGAAGCGGCUGCGCAGAAGCGGCUGCGCAGAAGCGGCUGCGCAGAAGCGGCUGCGCAGAAGCGGCUGCGCAGAAGCGGCUGCGCAGAAGCGGCUGCGCAGAAGCGGCUGCGCAAAAACGGCUGCGCAGGAACGGCUGCGCAGGAACGGCUGCGCAGGAACGGCUGCGCAGGAACGGCUGCGCAGGAACGGCUGCGCAGGAACGGCUGCGCAGGAACGGCUGCGCAGGAACGGCUGCGCAGGAACGGCUGCGCAGGAACGGCUGCGCAGGAACGGCUGCACAGGAACGGCUGCGCAGAAACGGCUGCGCAGGUACGGCUGCGCAGGAACGGCUGCGCAGGAACGGCUGCGCAGGAACGGCUGCGCAGGAACGGCUGCGCAGAAACGGCUGCGCAGAAACGGCUGCGCAGAAACGGCUGCGCAGAAACGGCUGCGCAGAAGCGGCUGCGCAGAAGCGGCUGCGCAGAAGCGGCUGCGCAGAAGCGGCUGCGCAGAAGCGGCUGCGCAGAAGCGGCUGCGCAGAAACGGAUGCGCAGAAGCGGCUGCGCAGAAGCGGCUGCGCAGAAGCGGCUGCGCGGAAGCGGCUGCGCGGAAGCGGCUGCGCGGAAGCGGCUGCGCGGAAGCGGCUGCGCAGAAGCGGCUGCGCAGAAGCGGCUGCGCAGAAGCGGCUGCGCAGAAGCAGCUGCGCAGGCACGGCUGCGCAGGAACGGCUGCGCAGGAACGGCUGCGCAGGAACGGCUGCGCAGGAACGGCUGCGCCGAAACGGCUGCGCAGAAACGGCUGCGACGAAACAGCUGCGCCGAAACAGCUGCGCCGAAACAGCUGCGCCGAAACAGCUGCGCAGAAACAGCUGCGCAGAAACAGCUGCGCCGAAACAGCUGCGCAGAAACAGCUGCGCCGAAACAGCUGCGCCGAAACAGCUGCGCAGGAACAGCUGCGCAGGAACAGCUGCGCAGAAACAGCUGCGCUGAAGCAGCUGUGCAGGAACAGCUGCGCAGAAGCAGCUGCGCAGAAACAGCUGCGCAGGAACAGCUGCGCAGGAACAGCUGCGCAGGAACAGCUGCGCAGGAACAGCUGCGCAGGAACAGCUGCGCAGAAACAGCUGCGCAGAAACAGCUGCGCAGGAACAGCUGCGCAGGAACAGCUGCGCAGAAGCAGCUGCACAGAAGCAGCUGCGCAGGAACAGCUGCGCAGGAACAGCUGCGCUGAAGCAGCUGUGCAGGAACAGCUGCGCAGAAGCAGCUGCGCAGAAACAGCUGCGCAGGAACAGCUGCGCAGGAACAGCUGCGCAGGAACAGCUGCGCAGGAACAGCUGCGCAGGAACAGCUGCGCAGAAACAGCUGCGCAGAAACAGCUGCGCAGGAACAGCUGCGCAGGAACAGCUGCGCAGAAACAGCUGCGCAGGAACGGCUGCAAACGGCUGCGCCGAAACGGCUGCGCCGAAACGGCUGCGCCGAAACGGCUGCGCCGAAACGGCUGCGCAGAAACGGCUGCGCCGAAACGGCUGCGCCGAAACUGCUGCGCCGAAACAGCUGCGCCGAAACAGCUGCGCCGAAACAGCUGCGCCGAAACAGCUGCGCAGAAACAGCUGCGCAGAAACAGCUGCGCCGAAACAGCUGCGCAGAAACAGCUGCGCCGAAACAGCUGCGCAGGAACAGCUGCGCAGAAACAGCUGCGCAGAAACAGCUGCGCAGAAACAGCUGCGCAGAAACAGCUGCGCAGAAGCAGCUGCGCAGAAGCAGCUGCGCAGAAACAGCUGCGCAGAAGCAGCUGCGCAGAAGCAGCUGCGCAGAAGCAGCUGCGCAGAAGCAGCUGCGCAGAAGCAACUGCGCAGAAGCAGCUGCGCAGAAGCAGCUGCGCAGAAGCAGCUGCGCAGGAACAGCUGCGCAGGAACAGCUGCGCAGAAGCAGCUGUGCAGGAACAGCUGUGCAGAAGCAGCUGCGCAGAAGCAGCUGCGCAGAAACAGCUGCGCAGGAACAGCUGCGCAGGAACAGCUGCGCAGGAACAGCUGCGCAGGAACAGCUGCGCAGGAACAGCUGCGCAGGAACAGCUGCGCAGAAACAGCUGCGCAGGAACAGCUGCGCAGGAACAGCUGCGCAGAAACAGCUGCGCAGAAACAGCAGCGCCGAAACGGCUGCGCAGGAACGGCUGCGCAGGAACGGCUGCGCAGGAACGGCUGCGCAGGAACGGCUGCGCAGGAACGGCUGCGCAGGAACGGCUGCGCAGAAACGGCUGCGCAGAAGCGGCUGCGCAGAAGCGGCUGCGCAGAAGCGGCUGCGCAGAAGCGGCUGCGCAGAAGCGGCUGCGCAGAAGCAGCUGCGCAGAAGCAGCUGCGCAGAAGCAGCUGCGCAGAAGCAGCUGCACAGAAGCAGCUGCGCAGGAACAGCUGCGCAGGAACAGCUGCGCUGAAGCAGCUGUGCAGGAACAGCUGCGCAGAAGCAGCUGCGCAGAAACAGCUGCGCAGGAACAGCUGCGCAGGAACAGCUGCGCAGGAACAGCUGCGCAGGAACAGCUGCGCAGGAACAGCUGCGCAGAAACAGCUGCGCAGAAACAGCUGCGCAGGAACAGCUGCGCAGGAACAGCUGCGCAGAAACAGCUGCGCAGGAACGGCUGCGCAGGAACGGCUGCGCAGAAACGGCUGCGCAGAAACGGCUGCGCAGAAACGGCUGCGCCGAAACGGCUGCGCCGAAACGGCUGCGCCGAAACGGCUGCGCCGAAACGGCUGCGCAGAAACGGCUGCGCCGAAACGGCUGCGCCGAAACUGCUGCGCCGAAACUGCUGCGCCGAAACAGCUGCGCCGAAACAGCUGCGCCGAAACAGCUGCGCAGAAACAGCUGCGCAGAAACAGCUGCGCCGAAACAGCUGCGCAGAAACAGCUGCGCCGAAACAGCUGCGCAGGAACAGCUGCGCAGAAACAGCUGCGCAGAAACAGCUGCGCAGAAACAGCUGCGCAGAAACAGCUGCGCAGAAGCAGCUGCGCAGAAGCAGCUGCGCAGAAACAGCUGCGCAGAAGCAGCUGCGCAGAAGCAGCUGCGCAGAAGCAGCUGCGCAGAAGCAGCUGCGCAGAAGCAACUGCGCAGAAGCAGCUGCGCAGAAGCAGCUGCGCAGAAGCAGCUGCGCAGGAACAGCUGCGCAGGAACAGCUGCGCAGAAGCAGCUGUGCAGGAACAGCUGUGCAGAAGCAGCUGCGCAGAAGCAGCUGCGCAGAAACAGCUGCGCAGGAACAGCUGCGCAGGAACAGCUGCGCAGGAACAGCUGCGCAGGAACAGCUGCGCAGGAACAGCUGCGCAGGAACAGCUGCGCAGAAACAGCUGCGCAGGAACAGCUGCGCAGGAACAGCUGCGCAGAAACAGCUGCGCAGAAACAGCAGCGCCGAAACGGCUGCGCAGGAACGGCUGCGCAGGAACGGCUGCGCAGGAACGGCUGCGCAGGAACGGCUGCGCAGGAACGGCUGCGCAGGAACGGCUGCGCAGCAACGGCUGCGCAGUAACGGCUGCGCAGAAACGGCUGCGCAGGAACGGCUGCGCAGGAACGGCUGCGCAGGAACGGCUGCGCAGAAACGGCUGCGCAGAAACGGCUGCGCAGAAACGGCUGCGCAGAAGCGGCUGCGCAGAAGCGGCUGCGCAGAAACGGCUGCGCAGAAGCGGCUGCGCAGAAGCGGCUGCGCAGAAACGGCUGCGCAGAAGCGGCUGCGCAGAAGCGGCUGCGCAGAAGCGGCUGCGCAGAAGCGGCUGCGCAGAAGCGGCUGCGCAGAAGCGGCUGCGCAGAAGCGGCUGCGCAGAAGCGGCUGCGCAGGAACGGCUGCGCAGGAACGGCUGCGCAGGAACGGCUGCGCAGGAACGGCUGCGCAGGAACGGCUGCGCAGGAACGGCUGCGCAGGAAGGGCUGCGCAGGAACGGCUGCGCAGGAACGGCUGCGCAGGAACGGCUGCGCAGGAACGGCUGCGCAGGAACGGCUGCGCAGGAACGGCUGCGCAGGAACGGCUGCGCAGGAACGGCUGCGCAGAAACGGCUGCGCAGGUACGGCUGCGCAGGAACGGCUGCGCAGGAACGGCUGCGCAGGAACGGCUGCGCAGGAACGGCUGCGCAGGAACGGCUGCGCAGAAACGGCUGCGCAGAAACGGCUGCGCAGAAACGGCUGCGCAGAAGCGGCUGCGCAGAAGCGGCUGCGCAGAAGCGGCUGCGCAGAAGCGGCUGCGCCGAAGCGGCUGCGCAGUAGCGGCUGCGCAGAAGGGGCUGCGCAGAAACGGCUGCGCAGAAGCGGCUGCGCAGAAGCGGCUGCACGGAAGCGGCUGCGCGGAAGCGGCUGCGCGGAAGCGGCUGCGCGGAAGCGGCUGCGCGGAAGCGGCUGCGCAGAAGCGGCUGCGCACAAGCGGCUGCGCAGAAACGGCUGCGCAGGAGCAGCUGCGCAGGAGCAGCUGCGCAGGAGCAGCUGCGCAGGAGCAGCUGCGCAGGAGCAGCUGCGCAGGAGCAGCUGCGCAGGAACAGGUGCGCAGGAACAGCUUCGCAGGAACAGCUGCGCAGGAACAGCUGCGCAGGAACAGCUGCGCAGCAACGGCUGCGCAGGAACGGCUGCGCAGGAACGGCUGCGCAGAAGCGGCUGCGCAGGAACGGCUGCGCAGAAACGGCUGCGCCGAAACGGCUGCGCCGAUACGGCUGCGCCGAAACGGCUGCGCCGAAACGGCUGCGCCGAAACGGCUGCGCCGAAACGGCUGCGCCGAAACGGCUGCGCCGAAACGGCUGCGCCGAAACGGCUGCGCCGAAACGGCUGCGCCGAAACGGCUGCGCAGAAACGGCUGCGCAGAAACGGCUGCGCCGAAACAGCUGCGCAGAAACAGCUGCGCCGAAACAGCUGCGCAGGAACAGCUGCGCAGAAACAGCUGCGCAGAAACAGCUGCGAAGAAACAGCUAGGCAGAAACAGCUGCGCAGGAACAGCUGCGCAGGAACAGCUGCGCAGAAGCAGCUGCGCAGAAACAGCUGCGCAGAAACAGCUGCGCAGAAGCAGCUGCGCAGAAGCAGCUGCGCAGAAGCAGCUGCGCAGAAGCAGCUGCGCAGAAGCAGCUGCGCAGAAGCAGCUGCGCAGAAGCAGCUGCGCAGAAGCAGCUGCGCAGGAACAGCUGCGCAGGAACAGCUGCGCAGAAGCAGCUGCGCAGGAACAGCUGCGCAGAAGCAGCUGCACAGGAACAGCUGCGCAGGAACAGCUGCGCAGAAACAGCUGCGCAGAAACAGCUGCGCAGAAACAGCUGCGCAGAAACAGCUGCGCCGAAACAGCUGCGCAGAAACAGCUGCGCAGAAACAGCUGCGCAGGAACAGCUGCGCAGGAACAGCUGCGCAGGAACAGCUGCGCAGGAACAGCUGCGCAGGAACAGCUGCGCAGAAACAGCUGCGCAGGAACAGCUGCUCAGGAACAGCUGCUCAGGAACAGCUGCGCAGGAACAGCUGCGCAGAAACUGCUAGGCAGAAACGGCUGCGCAGAAACGGCUGCGCAGGAACGGCUGCGCAGGAACGGCUGCGCAGGAACGGCUGCGCAGGAACGGCUGCGCAGGAACGGCUGCGCAGGAACGGCUGCGCAGAAACGGCUGCGCAGGAACGGCUGCGCAGGAACGGCUGCGCAGGAACGGCUGCGCAGGAACGGCUGCGCAGGAACGGCUGCGCAGGAACGGCUGCGCAGGAACGGCUGCGCAGAGACGGCUGCGCAGCAACGGCUGCGCAGGAACGGCUGCGCAGGAACGGCUGCGCAGAAACGGCUGCGCAGAAACGGCUGCGCAGAAGCGGCUGCGCAGAAGCGGCUGCGCAGAAGCGGCUGCGCAGAAGCGGCUGCGCAGAUGCGGCUGCGCAGAAGCGGCUGCGCAGAAGCGGCUGCGCAGAAGCGGCUGCGCAGAAGCGGCUGCGCAGAAGCGGCUGCGCAGAUGCGGCUGCGCAGAAGCGGCUGCGCAGAAGCGGCUGCGCAGAAGCGGCUGCGCAGAAGCGGCUGCGCAGAAGCGGCUGCGCAGAAGCGGCUGCGCAGAAGCGGCUGCGCAGAAACGGCUGCGCAGAAACGGCUGCGCAGAAACGGCUGCGCAGAAACGGCUGCGCAGAAACGGCUGCGCAUAAACGGCUGCGCAGAAACAGCUGCGCAGAAGCAGCUGCGCAGAAGCAGCUGCGCAGAAGCAGCUGCGCAGAAGCAGCUGCGCAGACGCAGCUGCGCAGAAACAGCUGCGCAGAAGCAGCUGCGCAGAAACAGCUGCGCAGAAGCGGCUGCGCAGAAGCGGCUGCGCAGAAGCGGCUGCGCAGAAGCGGCUGCGCAGAAACGGCUGCGCAGGAACGGCUGCGCAGGAACGGCUGCGCAGGAACGGCUGCGCAGGGACGGCUGCGCAGGAACGGCUGCGCAGGAACGGCUGCGCAGGAACGGCUGCGCAGGAACGGCUGCGCAGGAACGGCUGCGCAGUAACGGCUGCGCAGAAACGGCUGCGCAGGAACGGCUGCGCAGGAACGGCUGCGCAGAAACGGCUGCGCAGAAACGGCUGCGCAGAAACGGCUGCGCAGAAACGGCUGCGCAGAAACGGCUGCGCAGAAGCGGCUGCGCAGAAGCGGCUGCGCAGAAGCGGCUGCGCAGAAGCGGCUGCGCAGAAACGGCUGCGCAGAAGCGGCUGCGCAGAAGCGGCUGCGCAGAAGCGGCUGCGCUGAAGCGGCUGCGCAGAAGCGGCAGCGCAGAAGCGGCUGCGCAGAAGCGGCUGCGCAGAAGCGGCUGCGCAGAAGAGGCUGCGCAGAAGCGGCUGCGCAGAAGCGGCUGCGCAGAAGCGGCUGCGCAGAAGCGGCUGCGCAGAAGCGGCUGCGCAGAAGCGGCUGCGCAGAAGCGGCUGCGCAGAAGCGGCUGCGCAGAAGCGGCUGCGCUGAAGCGGCUGCGCAGAAGCGGCUGCGCAGAAGCGGCUGCGCAGAAGCGGCUGCGCAGAAGCGGCUGCGCAGAAGCGGCUGCGCAGAAGCGGCUGCGCAGAAGCGGCUGCGCAGAAGCGGCUGCGCAGAAGCGGCUGCGCAGAAACGGCUGCGCAGAAACGGCUGCGCAGAAACGGCUGCGCAGAAACGGCUGCGCAGAAACGGCUGCGCAGAAACGGCUGCGCAGAAACGGCUGCGACGAAACGGCUGCGCCGAGACAGCUGCGCCGAAACAGCUGCGCCGAAACAGCUGCGCAGAAACAGCUGCGCAGAAACAGCUGCGCCGAAACAGCUGCGCAGAAACAGCUGCGCCGAAACAGCUGCGCCGAAACAGCUGCGCAGGAACAGCUGCGCAGAAACAGCUGCGCAGAAACAGCUGCGCAGAAACAGCUAGGCAGAAACAGCUGCGCAGAAACAGCUGCGCAGAAACAGCUGCGCAGAAACAGCUGCGCAGAAACAGCUGCGCAGAAGCAGCUGCGCAGAAGCAGCUGCGCAGAAGCAGCUGCGCAGAAGCAGCUGCGCAGAAGCAGCUGCGCAGAAGCAGCUGCGCAGGAACAGCUGCGCAGAAGCAGCUGCGCAGGAACAGCUGCGCAGAAGCAGCUGCGCAGAAACAGCUGCGCAGGAACAGCUGCGCAGGAACAGCUGCGCAGGAACAGCUGCGCAGGAACAGCUGCGCAGCAACAGCUGCGCAGGAACAGCUGCGCAGGAACAGCUGCGCAGGAACGGCUGCGCAGAAACGGCUGCGCAGAAACGGCUGCGCAGAAACGGCUGCGCCGAAACGGCUGCGCCGAAACGGCUGCGCCGAAACGGCUGCGCCGAAACGGCUGCGCAGAAACGGCUGCGCAGAAACGGCUGCGCAGGAACGGCUGCGCAGAAACGGCUGCGCAGAAACGGCUGCGCAGGAACGGCUGCGCAGGAACGGCUGCGCAGGAACGGCUGCGCAGGAACGGCUGCGCAGGAACGGCUGCGCAGGAACGGCUGCGCAGGAACGGCUGCGCAGGAACGGCUGCGCAGGAACGGCUGCGCAGAAACGGCUGCGCAGAAACGGCUGCGCAGAAACGGCUGCGCAGAAGCGGCUGCGCAGAAGCGGCUGCGCAGAAGCGGCUGCGCGGAAGCGGCUGCGCGGAAGCGGCUGCGCGGAAACGGCUGCGCGGAAGCGGCUGCGCGGAAGCGGCUGCGCGGAAGCGGCUGCGCGGAAGCGGCUGCGCGGAAGCGGCUGUGCGGAAGCGGCUGCGCGGAAGCGGCUGCGCAGAAGCGGCUGCGCAGAAGCGGCUGCGCAGGCACGGCUGCGCAGGCACGGCUGCGCAGGAACGGCUGCGCAGGAACGGCUGCGCAGGAACGGCUGCGCAGGAACGGCUGCGCAGGAACGGCUGCGCAGGAACGGCUGCGCAGGAACGGCUGCGCAGGAACGGCUGCGCAGGAACGGCUGCGCAGGAACGGCUGCGCAGGAACGGCUGCGCAGGAACGGCUGCGCAGGAACGGCUGCGCAGCAACGGCUGCGCAGGAACGGCUGCGCAGGAACGGUUGCGCAGAAACGGCUGCGCAGAAACGGCUGCGCACUGCGCAGAAACAGCUGCGCAGCAACAGCUGCGCAGGAACAGCUGCGCAGGAACAGCUGCGCAGGAAGAGCUGCGCAGGAAGAGCUGCGCAGGAAGAGCUGCGCAGGAACAGCUGCGCAGGAACAGCUGCGCAGAAACAGCUGCGCAGAAACAGCUGCGCAGGAACAGCUGCGCAGGAACAGCUGCGCAGGAACAGCUGCGCAGAAACAGCUGCGCAGGAACAGCUGCGCAGGAACAGCUGCGCAGAAACAGCUGCGCAGAAACAGCUGCGCAGAAACAGCUGCGCAGAAACAGCUGCGCAGAAACAGCUGCGCAGAAACAGCUGCGCAGAAACAGCUGCGCAGAAACAGCUGCCCCGAAACAGCUGCGCAGAAACAGCUGCGCCGAAACAGCUGCGCAGGAACAGCUGCGCAGGAACAGCUGCGCAGAAACACCUGCGCAGAAACAGCUAGGCAGAAACAGCUGCGCAGAAACAGCUGCGCAGGAACAGCUGCGCAGGAACAGCUGCGCAGAAGCAGCUGCGCAGAAGCAGCUGCGCAGAAGCAGCUGCGCAGAAACAGCUGCGCAGAAGCAGCUGCGCAGAAGCAGCUGCGCAGAAGCAGCUGCGCAGAAGCAGCUGCGCAGGAGCAGCUGCGCAGGAGCAGCUGCGCAGGAGCAGCUGCGCAGGAGCAGCUGCGCAGGAGCAGCUGCGCAGGAGCAGCUGCGCAGGAGCAGCUGCGCAGGAACAGCUGCGCAGGAACAGGAACGGCUGCGCAGGAACGGCUGCGCAGAAACGGCUGCGCAGGAACGGCUGCGCAGGAACGGCUGCGCAGAAACGGCUGCGCAGAAACGGCUGCGCCGAAACGGCAGCGCCGAAACGGCUGCGCCGAAACGGCUGCGCCGAAACGGCUGCGCCGAAACGGCUGCGCCGAAACGGCUGCGCCGAAACGGCUGCGCCGAAACAGCUGCGCAGAAACAGCUGCGCAGAAACAGCUGCGCCGAAACAGCUGCGCAGAAACAGCUGCGCCGAAACAGCUGCGCAGGAACAGCUGCGCAGAAACAGCUGCGCAGAAACAGCUGCGCAGAAACAGCUAGGCAGAAACAGCUAGGCAGAAACAGCUGCGCAGGAACAGCUGCGCAGAAACAGCUGCGCAGAAGCAGCUGCGCAGAAACAGCUGCGCAGAAACAGCUGCGCAGAAGCAGCUGCGCAGAAGCAGCUGCGCAGAAGCAGCUGCGCAGAAGCAGCUGCGCAGAAGCAGCUGCGCAGAAGCAGCUGCGCAGGAGCAGCUGCGCAGGAGCAGCUGCGCAGGAACAGCUGCGCAGGAACAGCUGCGCAGAAGCAGCUGCGCAGGAACAGCUGCGCAGAAGCAGCUGCGCAGGAACAGCUGCGCAGGAACAGCUGCGCAGGAACAGCUGCGCAGAAACAGCUGCGCAGAAACAGCUGCGCAGAAACAGCUGCGCAGAAACAGCUGCGCCGAAACAGCUGCGCCGAAACAGCUGCGCCGAAACAGCUGCGCAGAAACAGCUGCGCAGGAACAGCUGCGCAGGAACAGCUGCGCAGGAACAGCUGCGCAGGAACGGCUGCGAAGAAACGGCUGCGCAGGAACGGCUGCGCAGGAACGGCUGCGCAGGAACGGCUGCGCAGGAACGGCUGCGCAGGAACGGCUGCGCAGGAACGGCUGCGCAGGAACGGCUGCGCAGGAACGGCUGCGCAGGAACGGCUGCGCAGGAACGGCUGCGCAGAAACGGCUGCGCAUAA